CUGUGCGUGCGCUCUCCUCCCCUCCCCUCUCCGUUCACAAGUCAUGAUGGCGGAACUGUAGACUCCAGGACGAGCAGGAGUGCACCGCCCGUCCUCGCUCAGAAAUUGUACAUAGUUAUUUAUUUAUUCAGCCGACUCUACGUCUCUUUCCACAAUGACGCGCUGGAUUCCCACUAAAAAGGAGAAGUACGGAGUCGCAAUCUACAAUUAUGAUCCGAGUGGAGAGCAGGAGCUGUGUCUACAGGUGGGGGACACGGUGCACAUACUUGAGAAAUUGGAAGGCUGGUACAGGGGCUACACGCUUCGCAAGAAAUCACAGAAGGGCAUUUUCCCAGCAUCCUACAUCCACUUAAAGGAGGCUACAGUUGAGGGAACAGGCCAGCAGGAAAUAAUUAUUCCAGCAGAUUUACCCCUGGUGCAGGAGCUCGGGGCGACUCUGAGGGAAUGGGCGCAGAUAUGGCACAAGCUCUUCGUGGCAAACAAGACAACCCAGUUCAGGAGUGUUCAGCAGAUGGCCUACAGUCUCAUCGAGUAUCGAUCUCAGAUAGUGUCAGGAACACUGCCUAAGGAUGACCUUGUGGAGCUCAGAAAGAAAGUCACGGCAAAGAUUGAUUACGGGAACCGGAUUCUGGGCCUCGACCUGGUGGUGCGAGAUGAAGCAGGAAACACACUGGACCCAGACUACACCAGUACGGUCAGUCUGUUCCGGGCACAUGAGACGGCUUCUCGCAGCGUUGAUGACAGGAUACAAGAAGAGAAGACGAGGCUUCAAAAUCUGGAAAUGAGGCGUCAGACCCUGUUCAACGCUGUUCACACCUACAGUCUGCUCAUGAACCUGAAGAACUUUGUGUGUAGAAUCGGAGAGGAUGCUGAGCUACUCAUGUCACUGUACGACCCCGACCAGUCAGAGUUCAUUAGCGAGAACUUCCUGGUGCGCUGGGACAGUAAGGGGAUGCCUAAAGAAAUUGAAAAGCUCAACAACUUGCCAGCACUAUUCACGGACCUGAGCAGCAGUGACCUGAUGAGGCAGCGACUUUUCCUGGUGUGUCAGAUCAUCAGAGUGGGCAGCAUGGAGCUCAAAGAGGGAAAGAAACACACAGGAGGACUGAGGAGACCUUUUGGUGUGGCUGUGAUGGACGUUACAGAUAUCGCUCAUGGAAAAACAGAUGACGAGGACAAACAGCAUUUCAUUCCUUUUCAGCAGAUAGCUAUGGAAACCUACAUCCGUCAGAGGCAGCUCAUCAUGUCUCCCCUCAUCCCUUCUAGAGUCAUCGGAGAGAAUGAGCCGCUCACCGCUGUCUUCAACAAAGUGAUUGCCACGCGGGAGGUCAAUCACAAAGGCCAGGGGCUGUUUGUGACCCUGAAGCUUCUCCCGGGGGACCUGGCCCAGGUGAGGAAGGACUACCCCCACUUUGUGGACCGCAGCACGGCUAUCGUCAGGAAAAUGGGCUUUCCAGAAAUCAUCCUCCCAGGAAACAUCAGGAACGAUAUUUACGUAACCUUGCUGCAGGGAGAGUUUGACCGCGGUAAAAAGAAGACCCCCAAAAACGUAGAGGUUAUACUGAGUGUGCACGACGAUGAAGGCAAUCCUAUGGAGAAAGCAAUAUUUCCUGGGGCCGGUUAUGAUGGCAUCACAGAGUACAAGUCUGUCAUCUACUACCAGGUGAAGCAGCCGUGCUGGAAUGAAACAGUCAAGGUGACAAUUCCAAUUGAGGACGUUUGCCGCUGUCACCUGAGGGUGAUGUUUCGACACAGAUCUUCCCAGGACUCUCGGGACAAAUCAGAGAAGCCGUUCGGUAUGGCCUUCGUUCGACUCAUGAGAGCAGACCGAACCACACUGAAAGACGGCAGACAUGAACUGAUUGUCUAUAAGGUCGACGUGAAAAAGGCAGAGGAUGCAAAGGUUUAUCUCACCUUGCCAGCAACCUGGGCUGAAGUCGAGGAAAAGGAAAAGCAAACAGGGAAGCAGUUUCACCAUUCAGGAGUGAUUCCUGUGACUAAAGAUAGCUUCCAGAUCGCCACGCUUACCUGCUCCACUAAACUCACUCAGAACGUGGAUUUACUUGGCCUGCUGAACUGGAGGUCUAACCCUGAAGCCCUGGACCAGAAUCUGCAGAGACUGAUGGAGGUGGAGGGAGGGGAAAUUGUAAAGUUUCUCCAGGACACUCUCGACGCCCUGUUUAGCAUCAUGAUGGAGACCUCAGAGAAGGAAACCUAUGAUACCCUGGUGUUCAAUGCUUUGGUAUUUAUAAUCACACUUAUUGGCGACAUCAAAUUCCAGCACUUCAACCCGGUCCUGGAAACUUACAUCAACAAGCACUUCAGUGCCACUUUGGCUUACAUGAAGCUAACCCGGGUCCUUAACUACUACGUGGGCCAUGCUGAGGAGCCCGCCCUGACUGAGAGGCUCUACGCAGCGCUCAAAGCUCUGAAAUACCUGUUCAGGUUUAUUGUACAGUCUCGAGUCCUCUAUCUCAGAUUCUACGGGAACAGUGAGGAUGGGGACGCUUUCUUCAACUCCAUUCGCACCCUUUUCUUGUCUUUCAACACGCUCAUGGACAGACCGCUGGAUGAGGGGGUGAAGAUAAAGGGAGCGAUAUUGAAAUACCUCCCCAGCAUCAUUAAUGACAUCCAGACUGUGUUUGAUCCCGUGGAGCUCAGCGUCCUCUUAGCAAAGUUCAUUGAGAGCAUUCCUGACUCUCAGCUCGUGCGUCAGAAGCUGGGCUGCAUGUGUAAAAUGGUGGAGAGUGACCUUUUCAGGCAGCCAGAUUGUCGAGACGUGCUCCUGCCACUUGUUACCGACCAGCUGAGUGGGCAGCUGGACGACCACUCCAGUAAGCCUGAUCAUGAGGCCUGCGCUCAGCUGCUCAGCACCGUGUUGGACAACCUGGACCGCAAGGAUGUGGGUCCCACCAGAGGGCAUGUCCAGCUGAUAAUGGAGCGGCUUCUUCGCAGGGUUAAUCGCACUGUCAUCAGCAUGGACAGAUCCUCGCCGCUCAUUGGCCACUAUCUCGCCUGCAUGACGGCUAUCCUGAAGCAAAUGGAUGACAUGCAUUACGCCCACUACAUCAGCACCUUCAAGACCAGACAGGACAUCAUUGACUUCCUCAUGGAGACAUUCAUCAUGUUUAAAGACCUCAUGGGAAACGUCUUCCCUGCAGACUGGAUGAUCAUGAACCUGGUGCAGAUGCAGGUCUUCCUCAGGGCUAUCAACCAUCACUCUGAUGUCCUCAACAUGUACUUCCUGGACGAGGCGCAUUUUGAACUACAGCUGUGGAAUAACUACUUUCAUUUGACGGUGGCAUUCCUCACCCACAAGACACUGCAGCUGGAAUCGUUCUCUCAAGAGAAACGAAAUAAGAUCUUGAACAAAUAUGGGGACAUGAGGAAGACUAUUGGAUUUAAGAUAAGGGAUAUGUGGUACAAUCUAGGCCCACACAAAAUGAAGUUCAUCCCCGCCAUGGUCGGGCCCAUUCUGGAGGUCACACUGGUGCCUGAGCCUGAGCUGAGGAAAGCCACCAUCCCAAUCUUUUUUGAUAUGAUGCAGUGCGAGCACAACUUCAACCCCGGUCGCACCUUUGAAACGUUUGAGAACGAACUGAUAACAAAAUUGGAUGAAGAGGUAGAGGGAGGCCAAGGGGAUGAGCAGUACAAAGUCCUGCUGGAGAAAACUUUACUGGAGCACUGCAGACGCCACAGAUACCUGUCACUGUCAGGAGAGGAGCUGGCUCUGCUGCUGAGCAGUCUGCUGGAGAAUCUGCUGGCGUACCGCACCAUCACACAUGACGAAAGUCCUGAGCAUCGCAUGAGCUGCACCGUCAAUGUGCUGAAUUUCUACAAAGAAAAAAAGAGGGAGGACAUUUACAUCCGGUACUUGUACAAGCUGAGAGAUUUGCACCUGGACUGUGAAAACUACACAGAGGCAGCCUACACCCUGCUGCUACAUGCUGAAUUACUGGAGUGGUCCGAUAAACCCUGCGCACCUCAUCUGAUACCCAGAGAUGGGGACCACGUGUGGACUCAACAGGAGCUGAAGGAGAGGCUAAUCCAGGAGAUGAUAUGCUACUUGGACAAGGGCAAGAUGUGGGAGAAAGCCAUUGAGCUGGGGAAGCAGCUCGCCAAAAUGCACGAGAGCCACAUGUUUGACUUCAUGGAGCUGAGCCAGCUGCUGAAAAAACAAGCUCAGUUUUAUGAACAUAUCAUGCAUGCAAUGCGACCACAGCCGGAGUACUUUGCUGUAGGAUAUUAUGGCCUUGGACUCCCCUCGUUCCUCAGGAACAAGAUGUUCAUCUAUCGAGGCAAAGAGUACGAGUGGCUUGAAGACUUCACCUUGAAGCUGCUCUCUCAGUUCCCAAACGCAGUCCGGAUGACCAUUACAGCGCCCCCUGGAGACAAUAUCUGCAACUCCCCUGGACAGUACAUCCAGAGCUUUACUGUCAAGCCAGUUCUCACUGUGCCACAGCAGUUUAAAGACAAGGGGGUUCCAGAGCAGAUAUUAAACUAUUACAGAACCAAUGAAGUGGACAAAUUCCAGUAUUCCAGGCCCUUCAGGAAAGGUGAAAAGGACCCAGACAAUGAAUUCGCAACCAUGUGGAUCGAGAGAACCACAUACAUCUCAGCGUAUCGCUUCCCAGGGAUUCUGAAAUGGUUUGAAGUCAAAUCUGUCUCUGUGGAGGAGAUCAGUCCUCUGCAGAAUGCUGUAGAGACGAUGGAGAUGGCCAAUGAAAAACUGAGUAACCUUGUACAGCAGCAGGCCUGUGACCGCUCACUGUCCAUCAACCCGCUGUCCAUGAUGCUUAGCGGCAUCGUUGACCCUGCUGUCAUGGGCGGCUUCUCCAACUACGAGAAGGCUUUCUUUACUGACACCUACAUCCAAGAGCACCCAGAGGACCAUGGGCGCAUUGAGGUCCUUAAACAUCUCAUCGCCCUGCAGAUCCCUCUCUUGGCAGAUGGAAUUCGCAUCCACGGGGAGAAGACGACGGAGCAGCUGAAGCCCUUACACAACCGUCUGGUUACUUGUUUCCGAGACCUUCGGGAGAAAGUGGAGAAGCAUUACGGCGUCAUAACCUUGCCCUGCUCUCUCACUGAGAGGAAGAAAAGUCGUGUGGGCUCUGUGGUGAUGCCCUACAUCCUGUCCUCCACCCUGCGUCGCAUGUCCACCAUCUCAACCCUCUCCGACGCCUCCUCCGGCCUCUCCAGCGGCUCUGCAUCCUCAGAUGGACCCUCUUGCAUUUCCUCCCACGACUCCUUGUUGUCCCGUCCCAGUGAUCACAGGACCUCUGUCCUGCCCCGCUCAGAAGAAGACAACAGGAUUGCUCGAAAGAACAGGAAGGAGUGGAGUGUGAGCAAAUCCCAGGUCCUGCUGGAGAGACAGUCAGACAUAGAUGAGACUCCUCCAGAGAGGCAGCAGAGGCCCAAGAGUUUACAAUUAGGAGACCGGCGGCUCACUCUCUCCUUGUUCCAGGGAGUUUCAUCCCCGCUCAGCCUGUCUAACCCUCUCAGCCCGCUACCUGCCUCUCCACACACGCCACGGAGUUCCAGUUAUUCAUCGCUCCUCAGUGACAAUGAUGUCAAUACCAUUGACACCCCAGGGACCCCCCCACCCAUGCCUCCGAAGAAGCACCCUCAUGAGAUUGACAUCCCCGGGUUCCCUACUGAGUUCACUCCUCCUUUACCGAUGAAAAUCGAGAGUAAACCUCCUCCCCCACCUCCGAAAACGCGAAAGUCAAUGUUCCCCUCAUAUGAGCACCCACCACACUAAAGCUACACCCACACACAAGGGCCUUAAGGAUUCAGUAGUUCUUCAGCCUGGCUGAGCACAGUUUCAUUUGUGGCAUUUUGGAAACACCACAGUCUGGUACAGAUGCAGGACCAUCUACGUGGGAUUUUUUGCUAAAUAUUCGGGGGAAAGAGAAUUAUUUUUAUGAUGCAAAAAAAAAAAAUCCAAGCAGUCCUUUGUUUUUAAUUUUUUAUCUGUUGUUUGCAAUUAAACUGCAAGAAAGAGUGCAUGUAGGGCUGUUGUUGUUAGAGGGUACUACUGUGCAGGAAUGAUCUAUGAGUGUGUGCACAUAAGGUCACUGCAGCCUUGGAUUCAGCGUGUCUUUUUCAGAGGUAAUGAUGAAAGGCUGAUUAGACGCUUUAUUUCUUGAAGAAAAGUCAUUUUUGUACAGACUUUAUUACUUGCAGGGAAAAAGAAUGACCAAUGCUGCAAAUAUAUUUUUAGCUAUCAUUAGAUGGAGUGACACUGGAUGACUUGUUUCCCUUUAGCUGUUUACCGGCAUUCCACACCGACAUUUCCACACAGGAAAAAGCUGCAUAAUAUACAAGACAAACUUGAUUAAGAGCAGGGAAUACAAUGUACAGAAUGUAACUGUUAGAUUUUAUCAUGUGUCUGAUGAUGGUGCUUAAUUGUACUAUGAUCAAUGCAGUUUUUAUGAGAAGACAUUUAAGAGACACUGGAUGGCAUUAAUGAAUGUGUAGUUAUUUAACCUUUUUCCUGAUGUUUAUGAUCAACUAAAUACUGUAACGAGUGCUUUCAAACUGGACCACAUGGAUGUUUGUGUUCAGUGGAAGCAAGUUGUUUUUUAAAGGAACAGUUCAAUACUUUGGGAAAUGAUCUGUUUUGCUGGGAGUCAUUUGAGGAGGUUGAGACAGCUCGCGUGUGUGCAUGGUAAAUAUGUGGCUGGAGUGAGCUAACAGCUAGCCAGGCUCAGUCAAAAGGUAACAACAUCUGCCUCCAAGCUCUGAGGCUCACUAAUUAACAUUCUUUAUCUUAUGUAAUUAAAAUGGUGAAAACACAUGUAAUAAUUACAAUUUGUGUUUUAACAAGGGGAUUUGUGCAGCUGCCAGGCAACCAGUAUAGACGACUAAUUAAUGCUCCUGGCCACAUCAGUGUCCGACGAGUAACACCACCACGUAAUACCCCAAAUUCUAAAUUUCACGUGUGUUUUCUCUAAACAAAUGUGAUGCAAUGUGUGUAUUAGUGAGCUUUGGAAGUGCUGGAUAGUAGAUUUUCCUACUUUCACUCCUAAACAUCCAUUCUAGGUGAUAAGAUCACAAGUGGACCGCCUCAAGUACCGGUAUAAGUGGAACUCAAUGUGUCCUUAUUGAUAUCUGAUCACUCAGGGCACAGACGGAGGUGGUCUUGAUGCAUUUGAAAAACAUAUUUUUUUUAUUAUUUAUUGUAUCAUUUUAAUAUGUGAAGAUGUAGUUUCUGCAGUAGAGCUGAGUGUGCAAACACAUACGGUACAUGUAGGCUAGUUUAAGUAUUUAUUUAGCAAAAGACAGUAUUUGAUUUCUUAAUACAGGAUAAUCUCCCACUGAUGAGUAAAGAGUAGAAGACACAAGUUAAAGAUGUGAUCAACCAGUAAUUGAAUAGUCAUGCUCAUAUCAUAGCUCAUUUAUUGGCUGUGAGUCUGAACCUUUUGUUAUCAUCAUUCAGUGUUAUUUCAAGUCUAAUGACGCUGAUUGAGGCUUCAUGUUGAUUUACAAAAGAGCGGGAAAGGGAGAUCUGGUCGCAACUGGUCAAUAGAGACGUAUUUGGAGAGACAUGUUGAAGCAAGUAUCACUUGUACUCUGUGCUGUCCACUUGUGAUCUGAUCACUCAGGAGGGGUAAUAAUACCAUGUGUAAAUAAAUUCAUAGAAUCAGGGAACCCUUGGUAGCAGCUUCAUAUUCUACACAGAUGUGAGCAGUUUGUAUCUUCUCAUUUAGCUCUCAUCUGGAAAGUGAAAUUAACACACUUCCCAAGUUUCCCACUGUUCCUUUAAAGAACUCUAAACUCUGUAUGGUACAAGCAUAAAAGCCUUUGAAGUUCACUUUAGUUUUAUAUUUCAGGUGUUGGUACAUUUGCUUUUUUAUCAGUUAAUUACUGGAGUUUAAAUUAUUGUUAUUCAGUCCAUGUUUCCAUUGUUUUGCACACUAGAUGUGCACAGAGAUGGUUUACUUAAAGUCAACAGAAAUGAGUAAUAUGGAUGUACUGCUUUACUAUAUGUGCUUUUUCUGUGCCUUCGGAGUGCUAAAUCUAUGCAUGAAAGCUGUUUUUUAAAUGAUCAAAAUGAGACGCUUAUUAAGGUGUCAGUAAUUUAGAUGUAUUUUUACAUUUUUAAAUUGUUUUACAAGGGAUUUUCUUUUUUGUACAGUAAACAUUUCCUAACAAGCAUCAAAGAAAUUUUCUACAAACAUUGCCUCAAGAGAUGUAUAAUGAUCUUUUUUUAUGAACAUGCUGUUGUUGACUGAACACAAAUAAAAACUUUAUGAAAGCGCCGACUCUCA